AUGAAAAUUCUACUGACCAUAGCUUCCCAGCUAGAAAACGUAUUCACAGAUCGGUGUCGAGAUCCAGGCAAUGAACGUGGUAUGCCGACAGUUCCAUGUUCAACGGUAUGUGUAUCAUUGCUGGAACCGGAUAUAGAAGCUGGUGUAUUUAUCGGUUAUAAACACAUACGUGGAUGUAUGGAUCGAAAUCAAUGUCGGACCCUAUCUCGAGCUUCGCUUUUCAAUCCAGCUCGAGCAAGUGAUCCACCAGCGAUUGGAGAUGUACAGCUUUGUAGCUGUUAUGGCGACCGGUGUAAUGGCAGCAAUCCAGCUGCCAUCACAAGCACCUUAACUACAUUUGUUUUGACUUUGAUAUUAGCCUGGAUUUUGCAAUAG